AUGACAUACCUCUGUGUCUUCUGCACUUCUAUAGAACUGGGUGAACGUUUGCGAGACUAUUGGUCCCUCGUCAGUCUUCACAGGCUAGCGACGAGGUUCAACAUAAAUUCUCAACUAGAGCAUCUUCAAGCCAAAUAUGUUGGAACAGGGCAUGCUGACCUGACCAGAUUUGAAUGGGCUGUAAAUAUCCAAAGAGACAGCUAUGCAUCCUAUGUUGGACACUAUCCAAUGUUGUCAUAUUUUGCCAUUGCUGAGAAUGAAUCAAUUGGAAGGGAGCGCUACGAAUUUAUGCAGAAAAUGCUGCUUCCCUGUGGCCUCCCUCCUGAGAGAGACGAAGACUGAGGAGGUGUUGACGUUGUAGUUGGUACCACGGCAGAAACUUGUGUUCGGCUGAUGUUUGUUA